UCCUCUGAGUUUCAUCUUGAAGGAGGGCCUCUCUAUGUCCGUGGUCCCUCAGUGAAUUGCCAAAGGAGAGGGGUAGAGGACCCUACACAUAUAAAACUCAGAAGGUGAGCUAAGUGGAACCAGGUUACCCAUACCAGCCUUUUUUUUUUUGGGGGGGGGGGUGAAGGGAAGGCUUUCUAGAGGGGAGUUCUCACUGUACCUGAAUUUUGUAGCAUAUGCUACAGGUUUGAGUGGAGGUGUCCUAACUCAAGAGCAGUGAGGGUAGGGCUAGGGUUGGACAGGGACCACUGUAGGACUGAAGGAGAUUGAUAUUUUAUUUAUUUAUUUGACACAGAGAGAGAGAUCACAAGUAGGCAGAGAGGCAGGCAGAGAGAGCGGGGAAGCAGGCUCCCUGCUGAGCAGAGAGCCCAAUGCAGGGCUUGAUCCCAGGACCUGAGAUCAUGACCUGAGCCGAAGGCAGAGGCUUUAACCCACUGAGCCACCCAGGCACCCCAAUGAUUGAUAUAUUUUAAAGAAAACUCUAAAGAAUCUAAAAAAUAUAUAAGAAUAAUUUUUUUAAAAUAGGGGGUUAGGACACAGGGAGCACAAGGGUGUUGAGUGGAGACAUGCUUGUCCAUACAGGAUUCAGUAGGCCUUCAGGUACUUGGAUUAGGUGAAGCUAGGGUGAGGAGAGGGAAGUGGUGCCCAGGAGAGCAAAGGCAACUUCAGGUAACAAGAGGAAAGCAGGAAGGCUGUUAAUUUCCUUGAUUAAUUCAGCAAACAUUCCUUGUCUGUAUGAGCCCAGCCAUGAGCCUUGGGCUCUGAACAUAAAUUCAGCCAGUCUCCUUGUUCUGUAGCCUCUCAGUAAGGUAGUCAGAAACUUGUCUGACUGGGACAGUAACAGAUGGAGGAAGAAGUUCCUGAAGGAAGCUAAUGGGCUGUGGCUGAAUCUGGGAUGAAUGGGAAAGGAGCCCGCAGCAUAAAUGUUGCCAGAACUCAACUUUGAAGCCUAAGUCUUCUACGGGCCCAAGUCUGACUCCAGUGAAUUCAAAGUGGUCAUUGUGCAUGGCUGGGGAGGGCUGAAGGCAUGGAGCUUCCAGGGAUAGAGAUGGGAUGGCAGAAGACCUAGGGGAGGAAUUCUGUGAAGAUGGUGUGAACUGGCUAAGAGUGUCUGAGACUGGGGUGUCCCGGGGUGGAAGCGGGCAUGUUUGAGGGGCCUGAGCAUAGUGACCAGUGCACAGUAGACCUGGCCUUCCCUACACACAGAUGAAGUUUGUAGGUCACGAGAAGAGCACAGUGUGGAGGGACUGCAGAAAGCAAGGAAGAGCCCUCAAGUGUAAUGGGCAGUGAGGACCAGGGCGGGGACACUUUAGAACUUUCAGCCUGACAGAAUCUCCAUGAUUCCCAAACCGUCGCACGUUUCUGACUUCAUGCCUAGAAUACUUCUCCCUCACCCCAUACCCAGCUGUUCUUUCAAGGCCCAAGUAUCACCUCAGCCAGAACCCAGGCUUUUUGACCCCUUUGUGCCUGCCUCUAAACCAGCAUAUAUCUUGAGGUUUGGGGUUAAUUAUAUCUGCAUCAGUUGGGCUCCUCCCCAGUCUUCUGAGACUCACGGCAUGGGCUCCACUCAAGCAUGCCCCACUGAGGCUUUUCUCCAGGGGUUUGCAGGUGAAAGGGCAUUUUUAAGGAAUUAAUACCACCACCACUCCUCCCUCGCCCCCCCCAGAGGUGUGGGCUGAAGGGGAAAGAGAGUAGAAAUUCUCCUAAGGAUAUUUUGGGUCCCUAAGCAGCUGCAGGAGUUGGGGACUAGUCUGAUUGGGUCUUGGCCGAAGCUUGGCAUCAAGAAGGCCCAGUCAGAAGAUAAGGCUGACCUGGGAACCAGGCCUCAGGAUGAGGCUUUUAACAGCGCAUGGCUUGAGGCCAAGGGGCAGCAGAAGGUGCUCAGUCAGGGAUCUGGGGUGCAGCAGGCAGCCUCCCCUCACCCCCAGCUCAGCAGAACCGUCUUUGUGUCUGUCAGCGGCUGUGGCAGAGGCAGCUGCAGUGCGUCUCCCAUCUCCCAAGGUGACUGAUGCAGGCCAGCUGUGGGCUGAGGGCGGAGCACUGCUCUUCCCCUAUUUAUGAGUCCCUUAUCCCCUCCCUGGCUUGCACCUCACCUCACAGAGUCCGUGCCUCAGGGUCACUCAGGUUAAGAUCUGCACCACGGGGAGAAUCAAGCCCAGUUCUCUUGAGCUGGGCAACCGAGAAUGUGCUUGGUCACUUGGUUGUGUUCAAAGAGGCCAGCUUUCAGCUGGCCUUCUCCAGGGGGUGCUGCCCUUGACCUUGCAGCCCUUCUGGGUGGAGGCGUCAGUCAGUCCUCACUUGCUGGGUCGAGUUGGCCCUUGCCCCGUGCCUUUUCAUCUAGCCAUUUCAGCUGUUCACACUCACCUGGGGGAAAGGGGCACCGAGAUUUGCCCCCACCUUUGGCACAGGGGCAGGGAACCCACCAGGUGAGAACCAGUCCCUCUCAUCCUGGCCUGUCUCUUCCAGCACCAGGGUUGGGCAGAAAAGGAGGGAAAAGGGACUUCACUGGUGGUGGAGCAGUGGGUCUGUGUGUAUGUGUGUGUUGAGGAUGGGGUCCAAGGGACUUCACUGGUGGUGGAGCAGUGUGUGUGUGUGUGUGUCUCAGUGUGUGUGUGUGUGGGUCUGUGUGUAUGUGUGUGUUGAGGAUGGGGUCCAAGUCUCCUGCCACUCCCCUGGUGCACACAACCUCCAUAACCACAGAACAACGGGGUCGGUGAGCCAGCAUACCGGGCUGCCACAGGAUCACAGACCCAAGCAAGGCCCUCCAAGAAACGAAACUAAAAUGUUAAGUGUCUGAGUCAAUUCUUUUCUGCAACAUUUUCUGAAAGAGAAAACAAGCUCUGAAGUGUGAUAGAUGAAGGGCUGCCCUGCCCUGCCCCGCUGCCUGGAGUUUCCUCCCUUAACUCACACUUCCCUCUCACUGGCUAACGGACUUCCCUAAGGGUCUAAAGGGGCGGCCAAGCACCUCUCUAUGACUGUUCUUGUCCUUCCACCUCCCCGAAGGGGUUAUUCCGAAGAUCCCCCCAGUCGUCCCUUUACAUUCACAGAAUUCAACGGAAUGCGCAGGAAGGGAAAUUUGGAGACUGAAGGUGGUUUAUUGAGCAGAUCUCUGCCAAGAGGGGCAUCAAUUUGGGGUGAGCCUGGGUCAGGGAACCCACCAGGUGGGAGGCUGAGGUGGGCAAGGUGGUUGACAGGUACGGUGUCAGGGAAUGAGGGAGAAGGUGGAGCUACAAGGAAAAGGAUAUCUGAAAGGGGGUGAUGAACAGAGGUGUGAGAAAGCAUCCUUAAAUAGGAAUAGAGGCAUCUUCUGAGGGAGUGAAAGUUGGAAUGUGGGGAUCUCUAUAACGGGGAGGAGCAGAGGACACCCAAUGUCUGAAAGGACAAUCAAUGAGGGGAAUCCGAGGAGAUGGGAGACCACAAGGGGUUGCUUGAGAAUCCUGAGAGAGGAAAACCUCCACCACAGGUGGGGGUGGAGGGGGAUGGGGGUGGGUGUGUGUGUCUAUGAAUCUCUCUGUGAAGGAGGCCUGGGACAGGGAGCGUUGGACCCUGGGGUGCGAGGUAUGGGUGAGGGAAGCCUACACGACAGCGGAGCUCCACAACCUCCUCCCCACCCCCAACUCAGAACCCAGGUUUCAUCUCUUAAUCUCCCUCAUUAAUCAUUCACCUUCCUCCUACCCCCAUCAGCGGAUCUAGUUUCUUCCCAGCUCAGGUUCCAGAGGUUUUGCUGGAAGAAGUCCCCUACUGUGGCCUCACCAUCGUCUGGACACAACCCUGGCCGCUGGGCUGACCUUAACAGGCUCUGUUGUCGGUGGCCUUCUGCCUUUACCAGUCUCUCCUUCUCUUUCUUGUCCCCCAAAUGAGGAUGGCCCAGCUCCGUUGUCCAACCGCAUUACUUGAGCCUGGUUGCUGGGGGCGGGGGGCGGGAGGAGACGGGAGAGAUGGAAGAGGAGGAAGGCAAAGGCCCUUCAGGAGAGAAGGUACUCCCCACAAAUACACUAGUAACUGAGAGCAAGGAAGAGAUGACCUAAAAGCUCUGCAGAGGACACAUGAGUGUCUGUUUGGUGACAGGCUUGGGACUUGAGCUAGGCGAUUCCAGCAGGCUCCUGAGACGCUCUUUAAAUGCAGAUUAAGUGAAACCUCAGAGGACUGAGGCUUCCAGCCAGGAGGGUCUCUCUUGGCCCCUUUCCACCUCCCCCUAUUAGUAACCAAUUAGCAAGGUCUUGAUGCAUCUGGGUUUUCUGCCGUGGCCUGGCUCUGCUCUCUGCCCCAGCAGUGGCCCGCUGGGCUGAGUGUGCUGCUCAGGCUGGGGGAGCAGGGAGGGGUCUUACCAAGAGGGCCCCGUGUUUCUCCGCCUCUGUUUGGUGGUAGGCCAGGCCAGUGCCUCGGGCUAUGUGAGGUUCCCUCACCCCCACCAUCAAAGCGCCUUCUGGUCCUUGUUAAAGAGUCUUCGGCCCAGGUGCCUUAGAUCUCCCAAGCUCUGUUUAGGGCACCUCAGCUGCAGGCUCUACUUGCCCCCCCCCCCCCCAGGAACAGGCACCGAGGGUCAUUGCACAAGCGGUGGGAGGUGCAGAGGUCUACAGAGGUGAUGUGAUGGCCAGUCCAGGAGGGACUUCUUGGCACUGUUGGAAAAAACCAGAAGAAUCCUGUGGAGGCAAGUCCCUUAGGGAUGGUGAGCUCCUUGGGAGUGGUGGGGCUUUUCUCUCUCAGCUGUGAAUCCCCUAGCUAUUUGGGCAUGUUUAUGUGAACAAAACAUGCCUUCCUGGGCCUCCACUGGUAAAGCAGCCCUCUCCCAGAGCUGCCUUCUUCCUACAAAGAAGCGCUAUGGAGUGCUCACCUAGAUGAGAGCUAAGUACUAGAACAGGUGGGGGAGAAAAGAAAGAAAAGGACACAAAUCGGAUAGUAAUGAAUAUCCCUGGGGCACCUGAGUGGCUCAGUUAGUUAAGCGGUUAAGUGUCUGUCUUUGGCUCAGGUCAUGAUCCUGGAGUCCUGGGAUUGAGCCCCAGGUCGGGCUCCCGGCUCAGCAGGGAGCCUGCUUCCUCAUGCUGUCUUUCAAAUAAUAUCUUAAAAAGAAAAAAGGAAUGAAUACACUAGACUUUAGAGUUUGUCCCUGAGGUGGCAGGGGUUUCUGUCCCAGGAUCUGUUUGGGUCCAUGAAGUCUGGCAUUCAGGUCACUUUUCUAUGAGGCGUGACCAGUGGCCCUUCCCAUUGCUGCUCCUACACAGUGGUUUCUGGGCUUCCCAGGCUGGGGAAUCCUUAUUUGAACUACAGGAGCUUAAUAAGGAGGUAAAGACAGAUCGGCUGAUGGGUCUCUGUGGAGGCCAGACUUCCUUGGCAAAGACCCAGCCCAGGCAGUAGUGCUAGCUCUGGAUUUGCUGUGUCCUCUCUCCUGAGGCCCAGGUCUCCUCCGCUUCUUCGUGUGUUUUGACUUUCCCAGGGCCUCUGAGCCGCGGUGGCCUGGCCUGGGUCCAGAGAGCCAGAGGAGUCCGCUCACCUGCCUUUGCUUCCACAUCGCAUCCCCAAUGCUCCCGGUUGCAGACACUCUGCCAGGCCAGGUCCUGCCGAGUCUCGAGUUCCCCCCAGCCCCCUCGCGCCGCACUAAUAACUUCCAGCCGCCAGGACCUCUUUAAGAGCGUUCCGCAGGGGUGGGGCUGGGACGAGGGGGCUAGGUCGGGAGACUGAGGUCCUUCCUAGGAGAGAUCGGACAUCCUAGAACACUCAGCUCUGGUAUCCCUCCUCGGAAUUUUGCAAAUCCCCAUCCGCUGGGGCCAGGGGAAGCAAUUUUAUUGCCGACUAGUUUAUGAGCCAGCGCAGCGGCUUGGCGGGGAGUCAGUGGCACACAGAAACUAGGGGCCGUCCAGGAAGGGUCCAGCCAGAAUGUGCACCGGGCCGCACCCCGCAGCGCGAAGCAGCUCAGCGGCCCAGUACGGCAGGUUGUUCUGGGGCUUCUCUCUGAGCCUCCCCACCCUGUAGAAAUACCGCUGCCGGGUUAUCUACUAGCUCCAGACCCACCGCGCCGCCCCGAGUUGGGGGUUGGGGGCGCAGGAGGAGGGGCACACGGGGCUCGGGCCCAGCGCGGGGGGCGGGUCCCAGGCUGGGGGCCCAGAUCGGGAGCCGCUUGCUGGGGCCCAGGCAGCUGCGGAGCGGAUCGCAGCCGGCGGCGGGACCGCCACAACCUGACCGGCCAUGAACUCGGGACCCCAGCCUCGGACACCCCGGACACUAUUCAGCAUCGCAGACAUCCUAGGCCCGCGCAGGAUUACCCGAGGACCUUCUACGUCUCAGCUUCCAGAGUCGAGCCCUGGUUCCACGUCGCCUCUGUGCGCGCUGGAGGAGCUCACCAGUAAAACUUUCCUCGGACUCGACGGGCACGCUCCGGAGUCCUCUGAAGGCCGCGCAGCCCCGGGUGCGCUGGGCCCCGGCCCGACCGGCCGCAGGCGGCGAAAGUCACGCACGGCGUUCACCGCGCAGCAGGUGCUGGAGCUGGAGCGACGCUUCGUCUUCCAGAAGUACCUGGCGCCUUCGGAGCGCGACGGGCUGGCGGCGAGGCUCGGUCUGGCCAACGCACAGGUUGUCACGUGGUUCCAGAACCGGCGAGCCAAGCUCAGACGCGACGUGGAGGAGAUGCGCGCCGACGUGGCCUCGCUGAGUGCGCUGUCCCCCGAAGUCCCGUGCGGCCUGCAGCGGCUGGAUGGCUCCCCAGGCCCCAGCCCCGACCCGGGCCCCGGCCCACCGGACUCCGGGCACCACCUGACAGAAGAAGAGAUUCAGGUGGUCGACUGAAGGCAAAGCCGCGGCCAGCCGGGCUCUGGGGCCCGUCUCCUCACCUCCGUGCCCCGCGCCCUAUUCGGCUUCCGGGGUGGAGGGAGGGUGUGGAUCCGGCCUUCUCCGGCUCAUAGUCCAGACGCUCACUUUUCCCAGUUGUUGAGAAUAAAAUUGAGACUCAGUCGCAGGAGGCCUCAGUCCCA